CUGAUGCUGACGAUGAUGAGCUAGCUGGACUACUCAAGAGGGGAGUCGAACGAGGGACAUGGCCUGGUGUCGGUCGGGUAGCGAGGACUGGCGCCAACAAAUAUACUACAGGCUUCGGGAGAGGGACAAGAAGGAGAAGGAGAACAUCACUGACCUCAUCCAGCUACACAACCGGCUUUUUGAGCAGAGCGAAUCCUUGAAGUCGGAAACCCUACAGCUGACUCUACAAAAUGAGAAGUUGCGGCAGGAGAACUCACACCUGCUGAGUCGAGGUGGCGGAGGUGGAGGUGGCGAUGGGGGGGGCGCGUCGUCAGUGGUUGUGCAGACCCUGGAACAGAAAGUCUACAAGCUACAAGAAGAACUGACGGACUUGCACCGAAAGAAGAGCGAGAAUUCCCAACAGUUGGUGGAGCUGAACCAGUGCCUUCAGGAGCGUGACAAGGUCAUUGCUGUGAAAGACAACAAACUUGCGGAAUAUGAAUCUGACUUAAUGAUUCUGCGGGAGGAGUUGGCUAGCAAGGAGGCGGCGCUGACGGACGUGGAGGCGAUCAACCAGGUGCUGCGAGAUGAAUACCAGACACUUAACCUCGCCUUCACUGCGCUGGAGGAGAAGUACAGGAAGGAGAAGGAGGACAAUCGCGACCUUAUUGACCGAUGGAUGGCGCAGAAGGCCAAGGAUGCCGAGAAACUCAACAUGGAGAACGACACGGUGCUCAAGAAGCGGCAGAUGAUGGUGGAGGAGCAGCUCAAGGAAGCAGCUAGAGAGCCCAAGCAAGUUAACAUGGAUGACAAGUUCGCCUGCAGCCCCCCGAUCUGUCUCAUGGCGGUGCUUCCUGCAAAGGCCUACCACAGAUUCGAUGCUCAUGAUGGGGAGGUCAACUCAGUGUGCUUCAGUCCUCAGGGGAGAAUCCUGGCCACGGGCGGGGUGGACCGGAAACUCAAGCUGUGGGAUGUGGGCCAUUCCACGGUGGAGGCCCGAGGCAUACUGACAGGCAGCAACGCCGGGGUGACAGCCAUUGACUUCGACGGAGAGGAGUCACUGAUCCUCGGGGCUUCCAACGACUUUGCCAGCAGAGUGUGGACAGUGGUGGACCAUAGACUGAGGCACACUCUGACGGGACACUCUGGCAAGGUGAUGGCAGCUAAGUUCCUGUCAGAGUCUGCCAAGGUGGUCACUGGCUCCCACGACCGCACGCUGAAGAUUUGGGACCUCAGGAGUAGGGCGUGCAUCAGAACAAUCUUUGCCGGGUCAAGUUGCAAUGACCUCGUGCCCUCAGACAGUGCAGCCACCACCAUCAUCUCCGGCCACUUUGACAAGAAGAUCAGGUUCUGGGACACUCGGACAGAGCAGUCAGCGAAUGAAGUAUCACUGCAGGGAAAGAUCACCUCGCUCUCCUUGUCCAGUGAUGGGUUUUAUUUGCUGAGCUGCGUCCGUGAUGACUCCCUGAAAAUCUUGGACCUACGGAAGAACCAAGUCGUCCACACAUUCACUGGUGACGGCUUCCAUGUGGGUGCGGACUACACUCGGGCAACCUUCUCCCCCGACGCCACCUAUGUCGCAGUGGGCAGCGGCGACGGCACGGUGUACAUAUGGAACGUCAACACUGGGAAGCUGGAGAAGACCUUGAGGGAGCAUUCGUCUUGUGUCGUGGCAUGUGCUUGGCAUCCGAGCGGGAAGUCUUUAGUGUCUUGUGACCGCGGCAAGAAAGUCAUCGCCUGGUCCGACUUUUAGCAAGGUGGCGGCGGAGGACGGCAGCGCCCGAGAGUCUGCCUCCUCCUCCUCCUCCUGUGGUGCAUUUGCCUGAGUUACCACAUCUGUGAUAUAGGUAACCAAAUUAUAAGUUAUGCUGUUAUCAUCUUUUUCUCUCUCGCUCUCUUUCUUUUUUGCUCUUUCUCUCUCUGACUUUUUUGUUCUAAUUUUCACUCACUCACUUUUUCUUUCAUCCACUUUUAUUCUGUAUUUUUUUUCCUUUCUUUUCUCAGCUUCUUUUUCUCCUUUUUUUUCUCUCCUUCCCUUCCUCUUUUCUCUUCUCUUUCUCUCUUUCUUCCUCUUUCUCAUUCUCAUUCUUUUUUCCCGGUUUUCUCUCUCUCUUCCUUUCCUCUUUUCUGUUCCUUUCUCUCUUUUCUCUCCAUCUAUCUAUAUCUCAACCUCCCUCUCUCUACCUCUCUCUCUCUUUCUUUCUCUCAUUUUCCCUGUAUUUCUCUCUUUUUUCUUCCUUUUCUCUUUCUCUUUCCACUCUCUUCUCUCCCUCUACCUCACUACCUCCCUCUCUCUCUCUACCUCUCUCCUCUCCCUCUCUCUCUCGCUGCAUCACUGCCACUGGUAUAGCGCAUAAGUCUCGUGCGGUGAAGCCUUCCUUACCCAGCCUCACCGGAAUCAUUGGUUGACUGGCAGUGUGUUCAGCAUCCUCGUCUUGAUUUGUUUCGCUAACGUGAGUGUGUGCAGAUCCGUUUUAUUAAUUUGUAAAGUCCAGUUGAAUUAAGGGAGACCAAUCUAUAGACUAUACAUUUAUCGCGAGGGGCGGGGAAAAGUGACCUUCUUCUGUCCAGGGGGGGAACGCUAGUCAAGGUGGGAUGCUUGUGGGCGAGAGGAUGUUAGUGAGGGAUUAUAAUUUGAUUGGGGGUUGAGUCACGUUAGCAAGAAUACAAGAAAGGGACAAGAACAGUAUAUAUCGAAAAGUAUGUUACUGUAAUUUGAGUAUAAACAGAAUUCUAAUGUCUGGAAAAUUACUAAGGAGGGAUUUUAAUUUUGAUUUGGGGGUUAAGUCACAUUAGCAAGAAUACAAGAAAGGGAUGAGAACAGUAUAUAUCGAAAAGUAUGUUAUUGUAAUUUGAGUAUAAACAGAAUUCUAAUGUUUGGAAAAUUACUAAGGAGGGAUUAUAAUUUUGAUUUGGGGGUUGAGUCACAUACGCAAGAAUUAAAGAAAGCCAUAAGAACAGUAUAUAUUGAAAAGUAUGUUUUUGUAAUUUGAGUAUAAACAGAAUUCUAAUGUUUGGAAAAAUAGUAAGGACGGAUUAUAAUUUGAUUGGGGGUAGACGUCACAUACGCAAGAAUUAAAGAAAGGCAUAAGAAUGGUAUAAGAUUGUUUAUUGGGUUUAAACAGAAUUCUAAUUUCAUUCGGGAUAGAUUGAGUCACAUACAUAAGAGAAAAAGGCAUAAAAAACAUAUACAUCUAAAACUAUCAUUAUAUUUUCUAUCUAAUCAGCAACACACAAAAAAACACCAAUUAGGUAUUAUUUCCUUCAACAACAACUUCAUCAGACAUCAUUACUUAACAGAAACCAUUGGCUGUGCAUGAACCGACCCAACAGGAAUAGAUCAAAUUUUCUACCUAGCUUGUAUUUAGCCUCAGUAGCAUGUGGGUGUGAGGGUAGCGUUAUGAGACAAGGCUUUAGAUGGGGUGCCGAGACCUGUGAAUGAGAGAGGAGGGAGUUUAGGAAGAGGGGAGAAUGUUGCUAAGACAGGGGGUUUAGAGGGGAUACUGAGAGCUGUGAAUGAGAGAGAUGACAGAUAGGAGGAAGUUUAGGAAGAGGGGAGAAUGUUGCCAAGACAGGGUUCAGAGGGGAUACUGAGAGCUGUGAAUGAGAGGGCUGACAGAUAGGAGAGAGUUUAGAAAGUAGGGAGAAUGUGGCUAUUGGGAUAAGAUGAGGAGAGACUUGUGAAUGAAAGACCCAGAGAUGUUAGUUUAGGAAGCAGUGUGUGGCUAUAGAGGAUAAGUUACUAUAGAGAGUUAUAUAUGAAGCAACAGGAAGGAGUGAGUUCAUGUUGUAGUGAGGGUAUGAAGAUAAGUUGAGGUCCUGAAAAUUGUGAAUGAAAGACCCAAGGAUGUUAGUCUAGGAAGCAGUGACAGUGGGGAAAGAGUGUAGCUAUAAAAGAUAAGGUAAGGUACCAUAGAGAGUUAUAUAUGAAGGAGCAGGAAGGCAUGAUUUCAGGGUAGGAAGAAUGUGGGUUUGAGGAUAAGUUGAGGCCCUGAAAAUUGUGAAUGAAUGGAGGAGAAAGAUGUCAGUAUAGGGAGCAGUGAGAAUGGGCAGAUUAUGUGUGUGUAAAGAAUUAGGAGAUGGAAUUAUAUGAUGGUGUAGGGAGGCAAGGAUUAGCAAUGUAUGGGAGGAGAUGGACUAAAAAUACAGAAGAAAAAGAAGAAGAAGAAGGUGGUGAUGGGGGCAAGCUUGAUUAGUUUACAAAGAAGAAGAUGAAGGUAGGGAUGGGGGCAAGCUUGAUUAGUUUACAAAGAAGAAGAAGAAGAAGGUGUUGGGGGGAGAGGCAAGCUUGAUUAGUAUAGACAGGGAUAUGAAAACGAAGCAAAAAGGGGAGGUUAAGUGUAGCUAAUAUGCCAAUAACAUUACCGAGUGCCAGCCAUAAGGAAGGUCGCCAAUGUGGGCUUACUAACAUACCAGCAUCAUGGGCAGCUUGUCUGGGGAUGUGGGUGUCAAUGCUUCCCCAGAAUAGACUUUCACAUUGUUUUAAGGAAGCUGAAUUACCAUACUUUUUACACUAAGCUAAAUAUUGCCACUUAUCCUUAUGUAAAUAGAAGUUAAAAGUGUUUGGUCUGUUGCAGGUGAUGUUCGUGUGUGUGUGUGUGUGGAGAAUUUGUGCUUACAGACUCGAGCGAACGUUUGCCGUCUCUUCUGUAUGGGUUAAGAGUAUGCGAUUAUCCACCUUGUGUUUCCUGUACUGUCCCUGUCUCGUCCCUGCCCAGUGGUCCACCUUGCCUGCUGGGGGAAUAUCGUCACUGCUCUCUUGUUGUGGUUUCAUUAGACCUUUAAGCCUCCUCCUGGGUCUUAAAUACUCUGUUCUUCGUCCUCAUUUUGUGACAGUUUUUCAUUCCUCCGAUAUGUGCCGAGACAGAUUUUACAAGAUUUCCCGAACCUGUGAAUUGCGUACGUUAUAAUUUUUGUGAUUUAUGCCCUGAAAUACUUGCUCUGCUUAGGUUCUCUUGAUGCAGUGAGAUUUAUUUUCAUUUUCAUUUAAUUUCCAAAGUGAUGUCUAUGUCUGAUUAUGUGCCAGAGUGCUGCUGUUUCAUCCCCUUGAUUCAUAAUUCCACUGUACUCAGAAUUGGUAUUUAAUUUGAUGUACUCUUGAGCAUCCCCAAAGAUAAGAUCGCUUGAGUGUUUUACAAAUUCAUGGGCAGCAAACACGAUUCAGUCUUCACCAGAGCAGGCUAAGCACACAAACAUUAGACAGAGAGAUGGAGAAUGCUGGGAAAGGCUCUUGUCCUGUGAUGGCCAAGUGAUGCCUGAAAAAAAUAUUGCUUCAAGGUCCUCAAAAUUUUACAGUGAAGGGUUUGAGAGGUACAGUUAAUGUGUAAAAUGAUUGCUGACUGUUGAUUCAAGGUACUCAAAAUCCCACUCUAGCGAUAUAUUUUACACUUAUCUUAAAGGGAAUGGUCUGAGAGGUACAGUUAGUGUGUUAAAUGGUUGCCCAAAAAAAAUAUGUUGAUUCAAUGUACUUAAAAUUCCAACUCUUGCCAUAUAUUUUACACUAAUCUUAAAGGGCAGGGUCUGAGAGGUACAGUUGACAUGUAAAAUGGUUGUAAGUUGAUCUGUGAAUAUAUAGAGAAUUCAGUUUGCUGAAAAAACGUUGAUUCAAUGUACUCAAAAUCCAACUCUCGCCGUAUAUUUCACACUAAUCUUACAGGGAAGGGUCUGAGAGGUACGGUUAACAUGUAAAAUGGUUGUAAGUUGAUCUGUGAAUAUAUAGAGAAUGCAGUUUGCUGAAAAAAUGUUGAUUCAAUGUACUCAAAAUCCAACUCUCGCCGUAUAUUUCACACUAAUCUUACAGGGAAGGGUCUGAGAGGUACGGUUAACAUGUAAAAUGGUUGUAAGUUGAUCUGUGAAUAUAUAGAGAAUUCAGUUUGCUGAAAAAACGUUGAUUCAAUGUACUCAAAAUCCAACUCUCGCCAUAUAUUUCACACUAAUCUUACAGGGAAGGGUCUGAGAGGUACAGUUGACAUGUAAAAUGGUUGUAAGUUGAUCUGUGAAUAUAUAGAGAAUGCAGUUUGCUGAAAAAAUGUUGAUUCAAUGUACUCAAAAUCCAACUCUCACAUAUAUUUCACACUAAUCUUACAGGGCAGGGUCUGAGAGUUGCGGUUAACAUGUAAAAUGGUUGUAAGUUGAUCUGUGAGUAAAGAGAGUAUGCAGUUUUAUGAGAGCAAGCUGUGUAUAGUUUUAAUAAAGGCAUAGAUAUAAUGACUCCUGAACUCCAUGACAAAACUAACACACACACACACACACACACACACACACACACAUUGUUCUAAUUUUAGGUUGUCCCGUCUGGUCAUAUUUUUAACGCUACAGUUUGCAUGGAAAAAUAGUAGAGGCUAAUCCAUAUUCAUCUUAUUUUUCUUUAUUUUGGUUCUUGCUUAAAGUUGUUACAGUACCAUAUGGAAGACUCUCGCUUUGGUUGACAAAUUAUUCUAAUGCAAGUGGAGUCAUAGAAGGGUUUGCUUAGUCUAACUUAUGCUAAAGCCCAACCCACGUAUUCCUCUAUCAAUCUCUAUUUCCUUUUUCCUUUUUUGUUAAGUAUAUUUCAGUUAACAAAUUAUUCUGACACAAGUGAAGUCAUAGAAGGGUUUGCUUAGUCUUACUUAUGCUAAAGCCCAACCCAUGUAUUCCUCUAUCAAUCUCUAUUUCCUUUUUCCUUUUUUGUUAAGUAUAUUUCAGUUAACAAAUUUUUCUAACUGACUCAAGGAAUUUAUAAAGUCAUAGAAGGGUUUGUGCUUAGUCCAACUUAUGAUGCUAAAGCCUACCCUAUGUAUUCCUCUAUCUAUGUCUAUUUCAUUCCUCCGUUUUUGUUAAGUAUACCUCAGUUAACAAAUCACUCUAACCGCCUCUGUCUGUCCUCAUGAGCAGCCGGCCUAACACACGCACGAAAAUCACUAUCGUCUCGUCAAAUAUCGUCCUCGUAAACAUUUCCUCGGAUGAACUGACCUGUUGAGCAAGAUGACAUUGAGGUGACAUAACACUUCCGACCAAUCCACUUUCCCUGCCUCCUCCCACACUUGUCAGAGGAGGUGGAGGGGAGAUGGAGGUGCGGGUGGGAAGAUUAGGGAUUCUAGUACACGGGGCACCCCAUGGAAACCUUGUCCUUGCCCCGAAAGCCCCGCCCCGAAGCCCUUUCAUGUUUCUUUAGCAAUAUAUUCUCUUUUGCACUUACGUUACUGGAGAAAUGACUCAUGAAUUUACGCUGAUUAAAUCCGUUCUUAUGUUUGUAUGCUCUGAUCCGUUCUCUGUCACAUUACUGGCCAUUGAAACUGACUCCUUAAUGUAGUACUGUUUUACAAGUGUUUACAAAGCCUUUUGAUGCUGGGGGAGUUACAUUAAGGAAAAUAAAGAAAAUACACAUG